AUGGACGCUGGAGCAAUAGAAUACAAGUUGUACAAAACACGCUUUGCCGGUCUCUUUGGCAUCUUUGUCCUGUCGCUUACAUCGCAGAUGGCUUGGUCAUGGCUGGGCCCCAUCGCUAAUGAUGUAUCUCAAGACUUUGGGUUCACGCUAGACCAAAUCAAUUGGUUGAGCAACAUCAUAGCCUGGCUGCACAUUCCCUUCACCGUCGCUGUCCCGAUGAUGGUUCAAAGAUAUGGAAUCCGACGCUGUUGCGAUGUUGGGGCAUUGGGACUUCUUUUUUCAGCGUGGCUUCGAUAUGCUGGAACAAAAACAUCUUCUAAGCAAGGAUCCUAUGCGCUUCUUAUCAUUGGACAGACUAUCUCUGCGGUACCACAAACGAUCUAUCAGGUAUUGGGUACGAAAUACUCGGAAACCUGGUUCGACAGCGGCGGAAGGACCAUGUCAACCGCCAUCCUCAGCCUAGCAAACCCCCUUUCUGGUGUACUAGGACAGCUUCUCUCCCCGAUAGCUAAGGAUCCGCGAACAUCAAUAAUGAUAUUGACUAUCAUAUCCACGGUCGCCUCUCCUCUGGCCCUCGCCGUUGGUAACAGCCCACCUACACCUCCAACUUAUGCGGCUUCCGUGUCUCAGCAAUCUAACGAAUCUAUAUUCUCAUUUGCUCGCUCCUUGGUCAAACACGACCCAUCAAGGACUUCCAUGUCCAUCAGCGAACGGAGAGACUUUCUCAGCUUGCUGCUCAUAUUCGGAGCCUUUGUCGGCGUUACCAACACAUUUUCAAUUCUGUCCAAUCAGUUUCUUGCGCCGGUCGGAUACUCUUCGCUCAUAUCCGGCGCUUUAGGAGCCACUCUUUUAGGGUCUGGAAUUAUUGCCUCACUUGCAUCCGCCCCUCUAUACGACCGUAUCUUCACCCGCCAUCUUGGUCUUUCCAUCCAAAUUUCUUGUCCACUUGUAGCUGGCGCUUGGAUUGGGCUCAUCUUCGCCGUGAAACCUCAUAACAUAGGGGCUUUGUUUCCUUUGAUGGCCGUCAUUGGCUCCAUAUCUGUCACGCUGUUGCCGAUAACUCUCGAGCUCGCAGUAGAGCUAACGAGGAACGCUGAAAGUUCAAGCGCCUUCUUGUGGCUUUUUGGGAAUUUGUUUACAUGUAUCUUCAUUCUUGUUGAAUCCGCGCUUCGAGCUCCAACAUCAACCAUGCCACCUCUCAACAUGAAGCAUGCUCUGAUCUUCCAAGCUGCAGUCGUCGCCAGCGUCGUCCCAUUCUCAAUUUUCUUUAAAGGGAAACAGGCUCGAAGGGAGAGGGACGAGGCGGAGGCUAAGAAAGCUGUGUUAGCGCUGGCUAUCGUGGGGAUGGAGGUAGAGCAGAAAGAACAUGAGAACGAAGCAGGUAACGCUGCUACCCCUGAAGACAAGGAGGCUUUGCCUUGA